AGCAACCCUAUAUUGCCCCAUUGCCUAUCGCAGCACAGGGUGAUGGACUAGUGGGAACAGAAACAUUAUGGCUGCCAGUCUUUCCCUGACUCAGCUUUCAAGUGGGAACCCUGUCUAUGACAAGUACUAUCGACAGGUCGAUCCAUCUGGCAGUGGGCGGGUAGCAGCCGCAGACGCGGCCUUGUUCUUGAAAAGAUGUGGCCUUUCAGACCUGGUCCUAGGCAAGAUAUGGGACUUGGCAGAUUCAGAACGCAAAGGCUUUCUGAACAAACAGCAAUUUUUUGUUGCACUGCGACUGGUGGCUUGUGCUCAGAAUGGCCUCGAAGUUGCAUUCAAAAGCCUCAAUGUGGCUGUGCCUCCACCAAAUUUUCAGGACACUAGCAGUCCACUCCUUCCUGGAGCCGUGCCUGUUGACAGUCCAUGGGUGGUCAAGCCAGAGGAGAAGCUGAAAUUUGAUGCCAUCUUCGACAGUCUGUCGCCAGUGGGUGGCAUGCUUACAGGCGACAAGGUCAAACCGGUGCUGCUCAACUCUAAGCUCCCCGUCGAUGUCCUGGGCAGGGUGUGGGAGCUUAGUGACAUAGACAGAGAUGGAAUGCUGGACAAAGAUGAGUUUGCAGUGGCAAUGUAUUUGGUGUAUAGGGCUCUUGAAAAUGAGCCUGUGCCAGUGGCUCUGCCUCCCUCUCUGGUUCCACCAUCAAAAAGGAAAAAAGUCACCCCGACUCCUGUGAUGCCCCUCCUCCCUUCGCCACCUCCGUCACUCAAAGAAAGAGGUUCUGCCCACUCUGGGUCCAAACCAUUACCAGCUACACCCACACAGCCACAGUGGGUUGUGUCUUCUGCUGAUAAAGCUAAGUAUGAUGAGCUGUUUAUUAAGACAGACAGUGACAUGGAUGGCUUAGUGUCUGGUCCAGAGGUGAGGGACAUCUUCCUAAAGACGGGAUUGCCCUCCGCCACACUCGCACGCAUAUGGGAACUGUGUGACAUUGGUGACAUCGGCAAACUGACAAGAGAGCAGUUUGCAUUGGCUCUCUAUCUAAUCAAUCAAAAGCUCUCAAAAGGUAUUGACCCACCCCAAACCCUUUCUCCAGAGAUGAUCCCUCCCUCUGACAGGCUAGCCCGACAGAAUAACGCUGUGUCAUGUCAGGCUGCUGACUUCUCUGCCAUUAAAGAGUUGGACUCCCUCAGUAAUGAGAUUAUGGACCUCCAGAGGGAGAAAAGCUCUGUGGAACAGGAGAUCAAAGAGAAGGAGGAGAGCAUCAGAGAAAGGACCAGUGAGGUGCAGGACCUGCAGGAUGAAGUGCAGAAGGAGAGCGAGGAGUUGCGGAGGCUGCAGACCGAGCGACAGGAGGUGCAGGAAGCGCUGGAGAGACUGGAUGAGCAGAAGUCAUCUCUGGAGGAGCAGCUCAAGCUCAUACGGCAGCAAUGCAGUCAGGAAAACCAGCUGAUCCAAUCCCUGCAGGUAGAGCACUCAGAGCAAGAGCAGAGGAUUGGAGACUAUGAGGAUGAGCUGGUGAGGGCUAGAGAGGAGCUGCUCCGUCUGCAGGAGGAAACGCGCAGUCUGGGAGAAAAAGUGCGAUCAGCCCGUGCUCAGCUCUGCCCCCUGCAGGACGCAGUAACAGAGUCACACACACAGAUUGCUCAGAUGCAGGAACAAUUGACUGAGCUGAAGACAGAAGAGCGAGAAGUUACGGCUCAGCUCACCUGGAAAGUCCUAGAAGAAGAGCCUGCGCUUGUGAAUGGAACAGUGCCUCCUGCUGAACAACACAAACAGGUGCAGUGGCCACAACUGACAGAGCAGCCUCCCACUAAACCAAAGGAUGAGGAGGAGGAGGAGGAAGAUCAGAGCAAUACAGAUGAGCCACAGGAGCUGAGGGUGACUGAGGAGCAGCCUGAUGAAGAGUCAGCAGAGGUAUCCUCCAGUCCUGAAGAGUCUGAGCCAAAAGCUGACCCUCUGAAUGACCUGUACACCAGCAUGCUGUCCAAAGCUGGUACCAUCAAUACUGCCUGGCCUCAGAACCACAUGGAAAACACCAGUUCUCCUGCAGUAGUGGAGUCGGAGGUGAGGGAAGCAGAAGAGGAGGUGAAGCAGCAGCCCACUGGCAUUGCAACCAAGGUGGAGUCUCCAGCAGCAGAACAGAAGGAAGAGCCCUCCCAGCCUGUUCUUGCUCGCCCUGGCAGCCCCUCUUCUGAUGAUUUCUUCCAGUCUGACCCCUUCACAGACAGUGAUCCUUUCAAAGAUGAUGACCCCUUCUCAAAAGUAGACAUUUCUGAUCCCUUCGGAGGUGAUCCCUUCAAAGGCACAGAUCCAUUUGCGACAGACACCUUCUUUAAACAGUCUUCCUCAGCCAACUUUCCCACUGGAGACCCCUUUGCUUCCUCUGACCCGUUCAACUCAAACACAGGCUCUGCAGACCCAGACCUGUUCUCCUCCCAGCUUAACAACACCACUGGGUCUGAUCCAUUCUCUUCCAGAGCCGGAACUGCAGUCACAGCGGACCCCUUCAGUUCCAGUGGUAAUGCACCAUUCGUAUCCAAAAAGGAUACAGACUCUGAUCCUUUUAGUUCCGCGUCUGGAGCAGGAGAUGACCCAUUUGGUGGUUCAGAUCUACCAGCAAAGGACAUAACGCCAGCAGCUAAUGACCCUUUUGCUCCAGGAGGAACAGCAGUGAAUGCAGAUUCAGAUCCAGAUCCCUUUGCCACAGUUUUUGGCAACGAGUCAUUUGGAGGAGGAUUUGCAGACUUUAGCAGCCUGGCAAAGUCUAAUGGUACAGAUCCUUUUGCCUCAUCAAACACAAAUAGUAAGAAUUUAUUUAAGGAGGACAACCAAACAGACGUGCCUCCUGCAUUACCACCCAAAACGGGGACCCCUACCAGACCACCACCUCCUCCACCUGGAAAGCGGUCGAACAUCUACCGGUCAGAGUCGUCGGACUCAUUUCAGCGACGCGGGCCAUUCAGCGGGCAGAGCUCUGGAGAGUUCUCCUCACUUCCUGCUAAAGACACAGUGCCGGAUCCCUUCGCCCCCUCCGCCCCCUGCCAAGCCUCCCGUGACUCCGACAGAUUUGCCACCUUUGACAAAUACCCCACGGAGGAGGACAUGAUCGAGUGGGCGAAGAGGGAGAGUGAGCGAGAGGAGAGGGAGCGUGUGGCACGGCUCACGCAGCAGGAGCAGGAGGAUUUGGAGCUGGCUAUAGCCCUCAGCAAGUCCGAGCUCUCCUGACCUCAACCAGACUCAACACACAGCCACUGAGGAGGAGGAGGUGAAGGACUUUGACGAGGGACAAAGCGUUGAACUUACGGGUGCUGGGACGCACUGUCGACACCACCGUUUUUAGCAGAAAACUUGUCAGUCAUACCAUCUUCAGUCCCAGCUUUGUCCGUGUAGCCAGUGACUCCUCCUACAGCAGCAGGAGUUGGGACAGAGUUUGGGCCUUAGGGGAGAAGUGGUAAAAAGGUAAAGGACUAAACCCUCAGUGCUUGACUUUAAGGUGUUCAUGUGCUUUAAAGUCAGAUUAAAUGGCUGCCCAUUAAUUCAUUCAUCCAGUCCACAGCAUGAUGAACUGUCACUGGCACAUUAACACAUGACUCCCUCUGCACAUUGCACUGGGUUAUGUAACAUGAGUUCAAGCUAAAUGUAUGAAAAUAUUGGAAAGACUUGACAUUUACUAAGUCUGACAUCUUAAUCUGGAAAGCCCAGUCAUUCUAACUGAAGGGUUAUGUAUUUUGCAAUGGGUAUAAUGAUGAAAGUGAUCGUUCUGGAGGUAAACUCUGCUAUGAGGUUGGAAGAAAAGAUUGUUAGAUGAAAGUGCCCCAUCAUACAUGUAACAUUUGUGGUGACUUGAAGAAUUGGAUUAUUUUCCACAGUGUAUUAAUGGAGAAUGCAUUAGUUUUCGUCCGGAUUUAGUUUAGAUUUCAGGUUCCCAUUGAUUAGUAUGUUGAAAAAUCCGUUAGGAUUCAGUUUUGGCCCACUGUAAGUGUCCUUCGAAACCUAAUCGGAGCAUUUUGACAGCUUCAGUUGGUUUCCAAACAACUUUUACACUAUUCUGAGCUUCUUGUUCCCUUCACAUAAGUGAGUUUGACAGUCUAUUUGGAGAUCUUGUAUGACAGCUGAAAUAACAAUUUCUAAGUAUUUGUUGGAAUGUAAUUGUACAGUAUAUACUAUAUAAUAAUUGUUUGCCUGUAACUGUUUAAUUCAAAAUAUUCAUAUCUUGCACUUGUAAUCUGUUUUAGAUAAAAAAAUAAUAUCUUGGUGAAAUGCAGAACAUUACACUAUCGUUAGAAGUUGUAGGCCUUGAAAACAAUGAACUGAUCUUAACUCAUUUUCACUUGAAAAGAACCUCUUCAGUACAAGUGUAUUUAGUUCUGAUAUCUGGAGGAACCAAGAAAGACCCAGGAAGUUCUUUUAAGGAGUGCCUCUCACCUAAGCUCUAUGUGUUCUUAAGUUGUGAAAUGCUGACUGUAGGAAAGUUCUGAACCUUUAAGACAAAUUAUGUGGGGCAAGAGAGGGCAAAAGGGAAAGAAGUCAAGAUUUCUGCAUAAUUUAAUUGUAAGCCAUUCGGAGUGGUUUGAUGUGAAAUGAUUCACUUUAGAGAAACUUACAGUCUGAUUUCUUUGCAGUGGUGGUGAUGGGAACCAGGGGUCACCGAUGUCUAUCUCGUUUUAUUUACAAUUCAAAAUGACCAGUGCAAUAACUUUGUGUAGCUUUUAGAAGCAUUAAAGCCUCCAGAAAUCUGGUUUCCACCACCACCACUGUGAACAGUUGACUUUCUGACUUUAUCUAGAAUAUAUCAAACUGCUGUGAAUGAGUUUGUUUUACAUCUUAACCAUUUAAUUAUGCUGAGAUUUUGAAAAAUGAGUGAUAUUCCCAGUAGACAUCAGCAUAGUUGCUGCACUAAACAUUUUCAAAACACUCAACAAGGUUUAAUGAUGUCCAAAAUGACACAUUACAAAAUUUGUGGUCACUGAUGUUCAAUUUUUCCUGUAAUUUGAUAUUGAAGAAUUCAGAAUAUGUAGCUUUUUUGUCUUUACCCAUUUCAGUCUCCUAUGUGCACUAACUUCUGUAUGGUACCAAUAACAGGGCACAGAUAAAUUGUGUAGUGCUCGUUUGCAUUUCAAAGUGUCCGUUGUGCCUGAAGUUUGGGUUUGACCUCCAGGGCAUUGUCUGCAAGUCUUAAAUGACUGUGUGAUGCAUCUACUGCCUUUUUGGACAUUGGAUGCAUUUUUGUCAGUCAGACUUUUCAUGUGAUAGCAUUAGGCAUGAUGAUCAGUCCGUAAAGAGAGAAAGUGCUUUUUUGGCCAUGGAUUUCUGACUUUUCAGAUAUUACAGGAUUAAGAAUAUCCUUUUUGACUUGAAUAUUUGCAUUAGAGUGAUGAUUUUUAAUGGUCAAAGUAAAAGGUGAUUGAAAAAUCACAAGGGAAUAGGCAGCCUAUCAGAUAUGACUCUCACUGACCGUUUUCUGACCAAUAUAACUUUUUCCUUGCAGUUUAUAUAGAUUUUUAUGAGCAUUAUGGACAUGGCAUUUUACCCAGACAAAAGUAUUACAUUAGACACCAGUUAGCACUCCUUACUAUGUAAAGACUAGGGCUUGUACUUCUGUUUGUGACUGCUUCUAUUUCUUAGCCUUGCUCAUUGAUGCAGUUCCCUUUGUUUCUGUUAAUCAUGUAUGUAUGUAUGUAUGUGUGUAUGUAUGUAUGUAUGUAUGUGCCUCUAAUUCUUCUGAUUGAAAACCACUCAUGUACUCGCUCUCUACAGGCUUUUAAAAACUGGCUCAAUGUAUUUUUUUUUUAACUUUACAAAUGUGUUCCUUUUAGUAGGGACAAUUGUUUAAAUAUGUUAAGUAACAUGUAAUUAAAUCUAAAGAAUAAAUAUGAAUCUUCUAAGA